AUGGAGUUCAGUUGGGUAGUUAGUCUGUUUUCCUCCAUCAUCAUUGUUUACUUUCUUUCUCUAUUUCAUCGAAAACAGCCCACAACGAGUGAAAAACUGCAACCACCAGCCUUACCUGGAUGGCCUCUGUUUGGCAACCUUCUCAAUCUUGGUUCCAUGCCUUAUAGAACCAUGGCAGAGCUAGCCAAGUUAUAUGGUCCGCUUGUUAGUCUAAAACUCGGCUCCAUGAACGUUGUGGUGAUCCUGAGCAUCAAGGCAUCAACAGAAUUGUUCAAGAAAAAUGAUUUAUCAUUUGUAGAUCGUAGUAUCAUGGAGAACAACAAGUCUCAUGGCUUUAAUGAAUCAUCUCUAGCUUUAGCUCCAUAUGGUUCAUAUUGGAGAGGGCUAAAGAAAAUUUGUACGGUUGAGAUGUUUGCGGCUAAAAGAAUCAAUGAAUCAAAUGCAAUAAGACGACGGUGUGUUGAUAACAUGUUAAGUUGGAUUGAAAAAGAGGCUACUAAUUUGGAAAAAAUGGGUAGUGGGGUUCAUGUUGCCAAGUUUGUGUUUCUUGUUUCUUUUAACUUGAUAGGGAACCUUGUUCUCUCGCGGGACAUGGCUACCCCGGAUUCUAAACUUGGUUCGGAGUUUUUUACACUAAUGUCAAGUUUGAUGGAGUUGGGAGGUUCUCCAAAUAUAUCUGAUUUCUUACCAUGGUUGAAGUGGUUUGAUUUGCAAGGGUUGAGAAAGAAGCUUGAUCAAGAUACUAGAAAAGCCAUAGAGAUUGCAAUGGCCUGGGUGGAAGAUCGGGUCAUAGAGCGUAGAACAGAAGCGACGUCUCAUGAGCAAGAAAAGAGGAAGGACUUCUUGGACAUCUUAUUGGACUAUGAAGGCAUUGGAAAUGACGAACAGGGAAAGAUGUCGAAAAAGGACAUCUCCAUUUUUAUUUUGGAGACUUUUCUGGCUGGGACGGAAACAACAAGUAGCACCAUUGAAUGGGCUCUUAGCGAGUUACUACGAAGCCCUGAAAAGAUGACUCGGGUGAAAAAUGAGCUAGAAUUGGUCAUUGGGAAGAGCCAAAAACUUAAAGAAAGUUGCAUCAUCAACCUUCCUUACCUACAAGCCAUUAUAAAAGAAACUCUACGACUCCACCCUCCGCUUCCUUUCCUAAUCCCACGGAAGGCUAGACAUGACACCGAUUUCAUGGGAUACCAUAUACCAAAAGACACCCAAAUGUUGGUAAAUGCAUGGGCCAUAGGUAGAGACCCUGAGUGCUGGGAGAACCCGGAUUUGUUUAAGCCCGAGAGAUUCUUGGCUACAAAUGUUGACUACAAAGGUCAACAUUUUGAGCUCAUACCAUUUGGUGCAGGCCGCAGGAUGUGUGUAGGCUUACCACUUGCAGACCGUAUGUUGCACCUCGUAUUAGGUUCGUUACUACAUGAGUUUGAUUGGGAACUCGAAAACCAUGUUAAGGGCGCCACACUGGACAUGAAUGAUCAAAUGGGAAUUGUUGUAAGAAAAUUACAACCAUUGAAAGCAAUAGCCAAAAAGCCCAAGUGCUAA